AUGGAAGCAGCUCUCCCGAUUCCCGAAGUGGAGGAGGAGGGGUCCUAUGAACUUCAACUCCCCGCACAGACAAGCCGCACAGCGUGGCUGCGGCAGCUUGCAACACAGAGGCGAUUCAUGCCGAGUAUCUGUCAAUGUUGCAGCUAG